UCUGCAAUUCUGCAAGUACGGGAAUAGACCUAAAAUCAGCUGUCAUUUUAGCACCAAUCUUUGCUACGGAACUCCUACCAUCAUGGACCAGUCUCGAAUCUCAAAUUCCGGACCCCACUACGCCGCCGGUCCAUCUCUAAUUCCCUCGCUGGUCCGUCAACGGGAACCGGACUCCUCCCCGGCGGAAAUGGCCCAGCUCUGCCGUCUGCUGCUGGCCAGCGGCUUUCUCGAAUACGAAGCCCAACAGAUCUCCCGGCUCCAGUACUGCACGGCCAUUCAAUUCUUCCGGCGUGACGACACCGACCGGACGCUGCUGGUCGCUCCGUUCCCGCUGCGCAUUUCGAUUCGUCAAUAUCCGGAGCGGUGGUUCGACGAGACGUUCUACCAGCAAUUCCAAGCCUAUCUGCUAAAGUGCGUGGCCGAUCUGGACCAUAUCGGUGUGCCCCGGCCCCAGAUUGCGUCCCAGAUGCUGGUGGCCGGUUACAUGCUGCUGCUGGUGCGGGACCGUGCCGGCGUUUCGACGCUGCAGAAGAUGAUAAGGAACGUGCGCUUCCAGGGCUGGCGCAUGAAGGAGCCGACCGUGUCCGAGAGGCAGGCGUUUUACUACGGAGCCAAGGUGGCUGAUCCUAGUCGAAUGCAGGUGAUUCCGUUGGGUGCUGCGCCGAAGAAGAAAAAGGUCAAGAAUCGUAGCAAGAAGCAGAACAAAGCCUUGCAAAAGGUUCGGGAACCGCCCAAAGUUGAAGAACUAAACUACGAGGCUGGUUACGAUCCGGGGAGUUGUCGAGCGGCCGACUCGGUGGACGCUUUGAUGGACCAGAGAUACGACGAACUCAGUAAUAGCUUCUUCCACGAAGAUCAAGCGACGGACAGCUUGAUUAACUUCCAGGCCGCGGACUGAACUCAACGGAAUGUAAUAUCUCAUGCAGUAAAGACAGGUACGCUGAACUAAGUAAAUAAAAUGAAUUUAUUGAA